AUAGAGGGACCCUAGUGUCCCUAGAGGGACACUUGCCAAGAUGAUGAGGAUAUCGGUAAGGAACGGUACCGCGCUGUGAGUUCAGCGCCGAUUUAAUCUGAUACUGUGCGUGGAGUUGCGGUUACUUUAAGAAGCGCUCCCGUCACGGGACCUCAGGGAGAGGGACGGGUGACGUUUUCCGCACAUUUUGUCGGCGAGAGUCAGUCAUGUACGCUAUGGAAGGCAGGAUACAAGUUGCGUGAGGACCCGGAAACCGUUCGAGAGGACGAGCGAAACUGAUUUGUGCACAUUUUUUUUUUUUUUAUCUCGUGUAUGUGCUCUCCGUAACGCGAUUCGACAGACGAAUUUGCCAGUCGUUUGCGUGUUUUGCCACGGCGCACAGCCGACGCUGCUUCCACGUCAGUGGGGACGAGAGUGCUUCUGCGCUCCGUGGGUAAGAAGCUGCGGUGUACAAUCGCUUCGCUAUUCUUCGGAUUAAUAAACUGAAAUGGCAUCCAUCCCAUGUGGUCGCAGCUAGUAACCGGUUUCUCAUCAGUCUAACGGUGCAUAAGACAACCGUAUUUUGGAUGGACUUGGCAUAUUUUUAGUGCCUCUGCCGCUGUUGGCUGCGCUGAGUAAACCUUAUUUGCAGAUAUCCGGUUCACCGACACGGGAUCAAUGUAACCGCAGGGCUGAUAAGUGUGUGUGUGUGUGGUGUGUGAGACGGUACCACCGAAGUGGCAGGUUAUAGUCUCCGGAAGGCAAAGCAUUCGCCCGCAUGCGAACUACUCCUUCACGCCGCACAAAUGACCUGUAGAAGAUGGCAUCACCGGAACAGCUAGAUAUGGAGGUACUGACGCCACUGAUGGAGCAGGCAAGCGGCGAGGAAAGCUCUGACGAAGACCUCGACAAGGAGCAGCAGCCGCAUGGCAUCACGUUCACUCAGACCUUACUUCAUCUGUUAAAAGGCAAUAUUGGCACUGGUCUGCUUGGACUGCCUCUGGCCUUGAAGAAUGCUGGGAUAGUGUUGGGGCCGGUGUGUUUGGUGCUGAUGGGUGUGGUCUGUGUUCACUGUAUGCACAUCUUGGUAAACUGCAGCCACCAGCUGAGUGAAAGAUUGAAGAGAUCUACCCUUGGUUACAGUAACACUGUAGCUGUUGCCAUGGAGAUGAGCUCCUCCCAGUACCUGAAGAAAGGUGCCCCUUUUGGGAGAAAACUAGUUGAUUUUUUUCUGGUUUUGACCCAGCUGGGCUUCUGUAGCGUCUACUUUGUCUUCCUGGCUGAGAACAUCAAACAGGUAGUGGAGGGUCACUAUACCAACACAACUGCAGUGGUAGUGGCAAUGCUGUACUCCAACAGCUCAGAAGGGAGUGUUUCUUCCCCUCUGGACGAGCCUGCCGUCUCUGUGAUGACGGGGCUGGACCAGAGGCUGUACAUUCUCUUCCUCCUGCCCUUCCUCAUCCUCCUGACCUUCAUCAGGGAUCUGAGGAACAUGGCCACCCUCUGUGCGGCCGCCAACCUCUGCAUGGCCGUCAGUCUGGUGCUCAUCUUCACCUAUGUCCUCAGUGAUGUGGGGGAUCCUCGGCAGCUUCCAUAUGUUUCCACAUGGAGUAAGUUCCCUUUCUUUUUUGGGACUGCCAUCUUUGCCUUUGAAGGGAUUGGGGUGGUGCUUCCUCUAGAGAACCAGAUGAGAGAGUCGAGGCGUUUUCAACAGGCUCUUAACAUCGGUAUGGCCAUUGUUAUUGUGCUUUACGUUUCUUUGGCGACGCUGGGCUACCUGCACUUCGGUGAUGACAUCAAAGGAAGCAUCACACUCAACCUGCCACAUGACACCUGGUCUAAUCUGCUGGUGAAGGUUCUGUAUUCGUUUGGCGUGUUUGUGAGUUUUGCUAUUCAGUUUUUUGUUCCUGCUGAGAUACUGGUGCCUGUGGUGUGUAAGAACAUCUCAGAGCCAUGGAGGUACACAGCUGACCUCUUCACCAGAGCCCUGCUCGCCACUCUCACCUGUGUGGUUGCAGUGUUGGUUCCUCGACUAGACCUUGUGAUCUCAUUGGUGGGUGCUGUGAGUAGCUCCGCCCUUGCGCUUGUGUUCCCACCACUGGUGGAGCUUGUCGCCAUGCCAACACGGCCCCCUGCCCUCCUCAUCCUAAAGGAUGUGUCCAUCGCUGGACUAGGAUUUCUUGGAUUCCUCACAGGGACAUACGUAACCGUUGGAGAGAUUAUCUACCCUGACAGCCAGGGACAGACUCGUCUCCAUGACGCCAGGAACUGGACCACACCUACUGCCCCGCCCUCUUAAUGAUCACACCCACUAGCCUCAGGAGAGAAAAACACACACACACACACACACACACACACACACACACACACACACACACACACACACUCACUAGAUUUUACAACAUGAAUAAUACUAUAUGAUGUAAAAUGGGAUUAACAAAUAUAAGAUAACUACAUUCUAAUGUUAAACACUACAUAUUCAUACUUGCACACACACAACCCUGAUAACUCCCUGCAGAGAUUGUGAAAUAUAGGAACACUGUGGUUACAGGAGAGCUCUUCAGUCGUAUAGUGGCUGACAUCUGUUGUGCAUCUUUUUCUAGGUACUGCCAUAUCCAAAAGGGGGUGUGAGUGUGUGUGCCCAUGUGUGUCUGCACCUGGUGAAUAUAUGGUUGACUUUGUCUGCACCUUGCAGGAAAUCGUAUACCUCCUAUGAUUUGAAUGAGUGUGAGUAGGUGUGCCUGUGAAAGGCUGAUGGACUGGACAAGGGGUCUUCAUGAGAGACCUCUGAGAUGUUUUCAUAGACUUCCAGAUAGAAUGGCUUUUAGCCAGUCGCCUCACCCAGAUAAGGGGAUAUCUGUAAAAUAUAAAAUGAAACAAUAAAUGUAUUCUGAAAGUGCUAGAUAGUGUCAUGCAGCAUAGCCUGUAUGUACUGUGCUUAUUCUCUGAUUAAUCAGAGAUAUCAUUAAUAAAUUAAUAUCUGACCCUGAAACUUUAUUCUACAUAUUUGAUUUAUCGAUUUGUAACGUAUGUGCCAAAUAUUUUGGUAGACUUAUUUAUUAAUAACUUUGCACAUUUUAUAUGUAUUAACCAAAUAUUAUCUGGUAGGCAGUCUAGUUGUCAGAAACUGAUCAGUAAUGAACAGAGAAGAAGGUGACUGACAUUUUGUGUUUUACAGGCGUAAAACUAAGUGUCUAGUUUGUGUAAACGCAAGGUAGGUGUUUACAUUUGCGGUGCAAACUCUAAUGCGUACAUGUGCAUCCCAACCAAAAAAAUGUUCUUGUGUACACACUUGUGCAGCCCAACCAAAACAAUCUAUACUCAUUGCAGAGGUCUGUUGGUGCAUCAAACCAGUGGUUUAAAGCUCCUUAGCUCACCAGUUAACAGUGGUUGGGUUUUGUGUCUAACCACAGGACUAAUCACAAGUGGUUUUCCCCACGUGAGGUAACUUUUCAGUGUAGGCCAUUUUAAGCCUUUACUUAAGGAGGUUAAGCUGUUACUUAAGCUUAGCCAAGGAUUUGUGUCUGGUUUACGGAAGCAUAAUUACAGGUUGUCUUCAACCUGUGGAUAUAUAUUUCUCUUUAUGUAAUGUUGGAACUGACUGAAGCAAUUAACACCAUCAACCAUGAUUUUUUAUUUAUUUUUUUUUAAAGGGCAAGGUUUGGAAGAAGCUGGUCAGUUUAGAUACACAAAUUAUUAUUAUUAUUUUUUGUUUUUUUUAAAUCAACAAACGAGUGCCAGCUUGUUGGCAUAAAUGCAGAUUUUUUUCAGAACCUGAAAGAGUGCAGUGAUGCAUCACAAAGUUUUGGUUUAGGUCCUUUGUCCUCCCUUCACAUACAGUCCUUUGGAUAUACAAUUCACAAUUUCACAAAUGCUUGGUUUUCACUUGGAUAAGUUCAUAAAUGGCUACACAAAAAGAGACUCCAUUUAAGAUAAACACUGAGAUGACCAAUAACUUCCUUUUUACAAAUUCUUAUAAAGCAGAAGUGCUAAUGAGUACUACUAUUUUAUGAGACCUUGGUGGCCAUUCUGUAAAAGACAAAACUACACUGAAGGAUGUUUGUUUUCUUAUUUAGCUCCUAAACACUGGGGGGAAAAAUUGGAAUGCAAGAUCUGUGGGUGUUUUAGAAAUACAUUUGUUUAGGCUGACCUGUAUGUAGUUUAUUGGGAUUUAUUUUAUAUUUCAUCAUUUGCAGUGUUGUUACUUCAUUAAUGUACUAUACUUAAUCAUGUAAAAUUUGUUGAAUCUUUUCUAUGUAAAAGACUGAGAUUUUGCAAAAAUAAAGAUGAGGGUGAUUACAUUAAA